AUGGGAGGGAGGAUGGUGGGAGUUGAGGCUGAAGAAAGGGGCAAGGGCCAUGUCAUGAAGGAUGUUGUUCGUAGCUUUCUCUUUGAGAAAGAUCACUUUGAUAUCUAUGUGGGGAGAAGAACAAUUAGACUGCUGUGGCACCAUUUCAAGCAUGAGGAAAAACUUCUUAUGACUCAGUGUAGUCUAACAGCCAAGAUGAAGAAAGCCAUGCAUCUACAGGACAUGGAAGUGAAGAAUGCUACAGAGUGGAAGGACAAGAUGAAGAAUCAGAAAUUGAGAUUCAGUGCAGAAUUUACAAAGCUGCAUGACUUCCUGGCUGAAGAAGAGCAACUGUUUCUUCAGAAGUUGAGCAAAGAAGAAGAAGAGACUAAGAAGAAACGGACUGAGAACACAUUACGGCUCCAUCAGAUAAUCACUUCCUUGAAGAAGCUCAUCUUAGAGGUCGAGGAGAAGAGCCAGAGCUCCAUCCUGGAGUUGCUUCAGAAUCCAAAAGAUCUUUUGACCAGGAGUGAGAACCAAGAUGUAAACUAUUCCCUUGAAGUUCUAGAGGUGAAGACUGUGUGCCAUAUACCACUGAUGAAGGAAAUGCUGAAGCGAUUCGAAGUGGCUGUCAGUGCAGCUGAAGACACAGGUCAUCCCCACCUUGUCUUCUCCCAGGAAGGAAGGUAUGUGAAAAAUGGAGCACCUGCCAAUUCUAGGCCAUUACUUUCUACAGCAUGGAACUACUUUACUGGAUGGAGGACUCCUCAGCAGAACACGCACUUUGUGGAGAAAUUUCAACACUUACCAUGUGUUUUGGGAAAGAACGUUUUCCCUUUAGGGAAACAUUACUGGGAAGUUGAGAACCGAGAUACCCAGGAGAUUGCUGUGGGGGUGUGUCAGGAGGACGUCAUGGGGAUUGUUGAUAACGCAGAAAUGUCUCCUCAUGUGGGCAUCUGGGCUAUUUGUUGGAGUCCUGCUGGCUAUUGGCCCCUAACAGGCUCCCCUGUGAGUCCCACCAGGCUAGAGCCAGCUCUCCACCGGGUAGGCAUUUUCCUAGAUUAUGGGGCUGGAGAUAUCUCAUUCUACAAUGCUUUGGAUGGAGUGCACCUACACACUUUUUCUUGUUCUUUUGUCUCAUGUCUCCGGCCGUUUUUUUGGUUGAGCCCAUUAGCAUCUUUAGUCAUCCCACCAGUGACUGGUGGAAAGUGAUCAUGGCUAUUCUUCCCUGGUCCAAGAAUCCCUACCUAUGUCCCAGGGACACCCAUUUCUUGGCCCUCUUCUUUAACUUCAUAGUGAUCCUUCGUAGUACAUCAGUACUAUCCAUUCAGAACUCCAAUUUUGUGUUUUGUUCAUCUCCCUGUAUGUCCUGUAGACAGAUAUGGCAGAUCCUGUUGGUUGCCUUUCUAGCCACUUGCCCCACUUCUCAGCUUCUCUUCUGGAUCUUUCCAAUUGAACUGUUUGGUGUCCGCCCUCUAUGUGCUUCAGGAGAAGCAGUCCCAUGUGAGGUAAUUCUGGCCAAUGAGAUAGGUUGGGAAGUUUUCCAAGGUGGGGAAACUUUCUGGGGAAUAUUUUUGUAGCUUCUAAAAAAAGGUAUUUGGAAAGCCACAGCUCUUUUCUGAUAUUAGCAGCUGUCUUGUAACUGAGGAGAGUACAGUAACAGUGGAAAGGAAGAAAAAACAUGGUCUUUGCUGGCAUCAUCAAACUGUUGGAAUUUCCCUUAAUCCCAAACUACUUGUUAUCUGAGAUUAUUGCUGCCUUUUUGUAUGAGGCGAUUUUAGUUGCAUUUUGGUUACUUGCCGUCUGAAGUGUUCUAACUGGUGCUAUAGGCACAUAGCGUGGAUAUCCCACCAUUGAGGCUUAUCUCAUUUUUUUCUGAAACUUGACAAAUGUAUGGAAUCCACAUUCACUUCAAUUGCAUAAUUCCUCUUUCCAGUAAGUACUAUAUCCUUCACUUUUCUGUAUCAGAAAACUGAGGCAGUCUUCUCUGACUCUGCCCAUGCUACUACUCUCUUCACCUGACCAGGUCCCAGUCGUCAAGUGUUUUUAUGCUGUCUGUCUGUUAAAAUCAUAGGUUGUAUAUGCAAGUUUAUUAAUAUAGUGGAAAUGUUAAAAAAAACUUUUAAGUAUUUACACUGUGCUAGCCUCUUCACAUAAUGCUUUCAUAUGACUCUUGUAACAGCUUGGUGAGAUGGAGAUUAAAGUCCUAUUUUUACAAGUGAGAAAACAAAUCUUUAGAGUAACUCACUAAUUAUUGCUUAGCUGGCAAAUGGGAGUGUUGGGAUUAAAUUUAGAUCUGUUUGAGAUGAAAGCCACACUUUUUUUCUACUCUGCAUUUAUUUGUAAGUAUUUAUUGAAUGCAGAGUAGGUCAGCAUACAUUUGUUUCUUAUUUUAUUACAUGUUUUUAUCCUAUAUAUGUAUUUUUCUGUUUACCUUUAUACUCUCAACUGUAAGCACAAAAGAGGAUUGUGGAAGUUACUGGAUAGUUAUUUUAAAAAUAAUGAUUGUUGCUCUCGUUAUAAAAGUUGUGCACUACUUAUAGAAAAUUGGAAUGUACAGAGUGUGUAAAGAAAGUCAUCACUGGUCCCACCAUUACUAACAUGUUAAUGUGUUUUCUCCUAGAUUUUCAAUAGAUUUUCUGGCAGUGAUUUAACAAGGCUUCUUUCAAAACUUCUAGCACCCUCCCUAACUCUUCUCCCCCGUCCUGUGGCCCAGCCCAUUCUGGCUUAUCUUCCUAUUCAGCCAGGCCAGUAAGAUUUCAUUUAAUCAUUUCUGCUGAGUUCUCCUUAACUCUCCAAGUUACUUGAGGUUAUGAAUUGAAUGUGCCCUCCAAAAAGAUAUGUUGAAGUCCUACCUGUGAGUAUGACCUUAUUGGGAAAUUAAGUUGAAAUCAUUAGGGUGGGACUAACCCAAUGUGACUGGUAUUAUAAUUAGAGGGAAAUUUGUAAACACAUACACACACACAUGAAAUGCCAUGUGAAGACAUGAAAGAUGGCUAUAGGAGAGAUUGGAAUUCCAAUCUAUCAAACCAAGGAAUGCCUGGGCUGCUAGAAGCUGGGAAAGGAAGGAAGAAUCCUCCUCUAGAAGUUUCCAAAAGAGCAGGGUCCUGCCCACACCUUAAUUUUGGACUUCUGGCCUCCAUACUGUGAGACAAUAAACUUCUAUGGUGUUAAGCCAA